AUGCAAAAGGCAAUGAAAAGCGCAGAAUAUAUAAAAGCUAACAAUGACUGGUUAGAUGCCCAAGCCAACGCUAAAGCAGCCCAACUUAUAGGGUCAAUAAGGACAAAAAUACAAGCGGACGAAGACAGUUCAAAUGAAGCUUUAAUGAAUGCUGACUUUAAGAACGCCUUCGAAGCUCUUCAUAGUAAGGUGAAACUAGUGAACGACUUCUCAUCUGGAAAGAAACUGAAGUCUGAAGGUUUCGACAAAGAGUUAAGAGAAGUAGCACAAAAUAUGAUGAAAAUAACAGAUGCAGCAACGAGACAGGCAGUUCAAAGUGCCUAUGACGCCGUUAGAGCAACUGUUGUGGAAAGUCAAGAAAAAGAGUUACAACAGACCAAAACAGACCUAGUAAAUGCUUUCUUAAAAACGAAAAGUCAGGUAGGACAUUAUGCUGCAGAUGGAACAUAUGUGCCAGCUGGUGGAACUUAUAUACCACCAAACCCUCCAAGAGAAGCACCUGCACCAGGACUACCUAAAACAUUUACAUCGUCACAUGGACACAGACACAGGCAUGCACCAAAACCAGCACAACAACCAACAGUUCAAAAUCCAGCACCACAACCAACAGUUCAAAACACUACACAACAACCAACAGUUCAAAACCCUGCACAGCAACCACAAACAGAGCAACAACCAACAGUUCAAAACCCUGCACAACAACAACCACAAACAGAGCAAGGACAUAAAAGAAGUAGAGAACAAGGAAACCAAGAAUUCUUAAAAAUGCUUAAGGAAAAUUAUGGUUACCCAGAUACUCUUGACUUUAGUGACAGAUAUAAAGAAGCUAUUAGAAAGUUCAAGGAAGGAAAUACUGACCCGAACCUAUUUAGCUUUAUGGUUCAGCACCAAAUGGGAUAUAAUUUCAAACCUGGAAAAUACAAGCUCGCUAAGGGAUAUGAUUUAAUAGCAUAUCAUCCAAAUGACAUGACUGAAUUUACUCCGAGAUAUUUGGUGUCAGAGAUAAAUGAUAAUUCAACUAUCUUCAUGAAACGCGUAAAAAAUAGAGACGGAACGAAAGAAGAAAGG